AGCGGCCCUGAAACAGCCGCCGGCGCCCCCUCCGCCACCCCCACCCGUGUCGGCGCCCGCUGCGGAGGCCGCGCCCCCCGCCUCUGCCGCCACCAUCGCCGCAGCGGCGGCCACCGCCGUCGUAGCCCCAACCUCGACAGUCGCCGUGGCCCCUGUCGCGACUGCCUUGGAGAAGAAGACAAAGAGUAAGGGGCCGUAUAUCUGCGCUCUGUGCGCCAAGGAGUUCAAGAACGGCUACAACCUCCGGAGGCACGAAGCUAUCCACACAGGAGCCAAGGCCGGCCGGGUACCCUCGGGUGCUAUGAAGAUGCCCACCAUGGUGCCCCUGAGCCUCCUGAGCGUGCCCCAGCUGAGCGGGGCCGGCGGGGGAGGGGGAGAGGCGGGUGCCGGCGGUGGCGCGGCCGCAGUGGCCGCCGGUGGCGUGGUGACCACGACCGCCUCGGGAAAGCGCAUCCGGAAGAACCACGCCUGCGAGAUGUGCGGCAAGGCUUUCCGCGACGUCUACCACCUGAACCGACACAAGCUGUCGCACUCGGACGAGAAGCCCUACCAGUGCCCGGUGUGCCAGCAGCGCUUCAAGCGCAAGGACCGCAUGAGCUACCACGUGCGCUCACAUGACGGCGCUGUGCACAAGCCCUACAACUGCUCCCACUGUGGCAAGAGCUUCUCCCGGCCGGAUCACCUCAACAGUCACGUCAGACAAGUGCACUCAACAGAACGGCCCUUCAAAUGUGAGAAAUGUGAGGCAGCUUUUGCUACGAAGGAUCGACUCCGGGCGCACACUGUACGACACGAGGAGAAGGUGCCAUGUCAUGUGUGUGGCAAGAUGCUGAGUUCGGCUUAUAUUUCGGACCACAUGAAGGUGCACAGCCAGGGUCCUCACCAUGUCUGUGAGCUCUGCAACAAAGGCUUCACCACGGCAGCAUACCUGCGCAUCCACGCGGUGAAGGACCAUGGGCUCCAGGCCCCGCGGGCUGACCGCAUCCUGUGCAAGCUGUGCAGCGUGCACUGCAAGACCCCUGCCCAGCUGGCCGGCCACAUGCAGACCCAUCUGGGGGGGGCCGUCCCCCCUGUCCCAGGAGACGCCCCCCAGCCACAGCCCACCUGCUGAGGGGGACCCCCGCACCCACCAGGUACUGGUGAGGUUUGUCCAAUGGCGGCGGCGGCGGCGGCAGCAGCAGCAGCGGCAGCAGCAGCAGCAGCAGUGGCAGCGCCUCCCACAGCUGUGGGCUCCCUCUCUGGGGCUGAGGGGGUGCCUGUGAGCUCUCAGCCACUUCCCUCCCAGCCCUGGUGAGCUCCAAGUUGGUAGGGGAGAGGGGAGAGUGCAGGAAAGUCCCUGGGUACAGUCUCCUCUUCCCCUACUUUUCUCACCGAUUCCUUACUACUACCCCCACCAACCAAGGAGCCUCCAGAACUAGAGGAGGCAGAAAUGUUUCCUUAGGGGAAUUCACUAGGUUUUAACGAUUUGUUUCUCUUGCUCCUCUCUUCUUCCUGUCAGACCUGAUCCUACACAUACCUAUUCCCCUCGGUUGUGUUGAAGUCCCCUGGACAGUGGCAGGGGUGGCAGAGGACAGGAGUAACCACUGCCCUUACCCCUUCUCCUCUCUGUAACCCCAGCCCUGUCCUCCUAGGGAUUUGUGAGCCUUUCCCUGGAUGGUCCCCUUAUCCUCUUUCAGGCCUCCUCCCACUGCUGCCCCUCCCUGGGGAGUUUGUGUUUUUUUUUUUUUUUUUUUUUUUUUCUUUAUUUUUCAGGGGGAGGGAGGAGAGGAAGGAGGGGAAUCAAAGACUCUGUCCUAGAGAGGGAAGGAGGUGAGGUGAGAUUUGAGACCGAGAGAAGCAGGGGAGGCAGAAGCUGUACCUUCAUUAAUGUGGGGUUGUUUGGGGUCAAGCCCUAAACAUCCUGCUUGAGAAUUGGUGAGGGGAGGGGGAAAAUCAAGGGGAGCAAAGGAAGGAGCCAGGAGGGGCCAGAGGCAGGAGAGAUGGAAUCUUAGUGGGCCAGGGGAAUGAAAGGAUCCAGGGACUAGAGGUGCUUCCCGGGGUUGGGGGGAAUGCAGCCACAGUGUCUCCCCCUUCCCUCUUCCACCCCAGCUCCAGCCCUGGUCUUUUCUUUUCAUCCCUCUUCCCCACGGCAGAAGCUCUGGCCAUGGCCAUGUCAUCGUGUUCCUGUGUCCCCUGCAUGUUCCCCACCCUCCUCCCCCUCCUUUUGCGCGGACCCCAUUACAAUAAAUUUUAAAUGAAACCUG